AGGUAUCUAGUAUUAGUGUACCAAGUUUGAUACUUGUAUCAUAAAGUCGAACGAUCUCAGCAUACGCUGGACUACAUGUGCUGCUGCUGCGUGUUGGAGCCAUAUGAAGCUCCUAUUGCCGCGACAAGAAUCCACCCCAAUCGAGAACAAAGUGUUUGAUUUCCAGAUAGAGCAGCAGUUACCGAACUGCGGAAGGAGAGAACAGAAGAACACUGGCUACUAUCAACGGACAUUGGGACUCGCCGCAACCUUGCGCUUUUUUGGGUGUACUGCCCCUCUUGAGCAAUGGCAUCUCUUGAUCGAUCAUAGAGAUGUGUGAGGAUGGGGUCGCCUUUUUUAUUACCAUGUAUUAUCAGUAGAUUAGAUGUAUCAUACAGUGAUACUAGAGUAUUCCAUAGCCUCUGAUGUGAGUGCAUGGAGACACAUAGGCAGACAAGGUUGGGAAUGUGAAAGAAGCAGCGCUCUCCGUGUAUACGCGUGAUCCUACAGAUUGCACAGAAAAAAACACAAUAUUUCCCAUGCAUGUUUUUUGUUAGUAGACUUCGUAACUCAUGGAUCAAAUAUUGAUUAAUCAUCAGCUGCUAAUGAACACACCAUAAAUUAGCAGUGUUCUUGAACAAAGCUGAUGCAUCUUAAAGGAGACGCGCGUGCUUUGACAACAUCACCACCUCAAAUGGAUGGAGUUAUCGUCUGAUCCUGGCCACAGAAAUCGCCCAACUUCAAGCGCCACGUAGGUUGAGGCUCUGAGCAAUGGAAUCUCUAUUCGGUGGUGAGCUGAGGCUACUGGGAGGUGGCGAGGGCUUGAAGGAGGACAGCUGUGGCGACGUGGGCUGGUCCUCCUCAACCCUCCCUGAUGAAAUGUACUCCGUCUCCCACUUCGCCCUCAUCACCGCCUACCAGGACAUCAAGACACGGCUCGCGGGCCUGGAGAGAGAGAACAGUGGCAUCAAGAGGAAGCUCAAGAUCUACGAGAUCAAGUUCCCUAUGAUCAGUGAGUUUGGGGAGGACAGGAACUCCUACUGCAGCUUUGAGUCCAAGGAGACAACUCUACUGCAGUCAGAGAACGGCAACCUGCAGCAGAAAGUCAGCACCCUCACCCACGAGCUCCAGAAGAGGAAAGAGCUCCAGGAGCAGCUGGAGGAUGUGAUCCAGGCCUAUGAGAAGAUCCACAUGGAGAAGAACAACCUCCAGAGAGACCUGGACAAAAUGACCAGUCUAGUGGAGAAGCACGCAGAGCAUAUCGUGGAUCUGGAGUCUGCUCUGAGACAGAGAGACAACUCGCUACAGAAGCUCAACACCCAGCUACACAGCAAGGACAUCCAAUACCUGCAGCUACAUAGCCCAGACAAUCACAUGCUGGACUGUCCUGCGCUGACCCUGCAGAGCUCUCGUAGUCUAGACACUUUGUCAGACCUGAAGCUGCAGCGUCUGGAGGUGGAGCUAGAGAGGGCGCGGCAUGAGGCCGAGCGGGCGUGUCAGAGGGAAGAGGAAGUGAAGGCCGAGUGUGAGAGACUGCAGGAGGAGCUGAGACAGAUCCAGAACAACCACAUAGGGAGGGAAAUGACUUCGCCGUGUGAGCAGUGUGAUGUGGAGUGGAUAAAGAAGGUGGGAGAUGAGCAGGUGAAUUUGGCGUUAGCCUACACAGAGCUAACUGAGGAGUUGGGACGUCUCCAAGCACUGAGCUCCAAACAAAAAGAGAUCUUGAGGAUGGUCUCUCAGGAGCAGCAUAGCCCAGUCCAACGCCACUCCCACCCCCCUUCUCCCAUCCCUCACCAACGCCACUCCCCCGUGCCCCAGCGACACUCCCCCAUCCCCCAACGCCACUCCCCCGUCCCUCCUCAGCACCACUCCCCCAUUGCCCAGUGCCGCUCCCCGGUGCUCCAGCCGCAGCAUCUCUCCCCGGACAUGCACCGCCGUUCGCCCCUGCUGGACGUCAACGAUGGGCCUGCCUCCUACUCCUGCCGGCCAGCCAGCCACCACCUGAGGGCCAGCUUCCAGGGCCGACGGAGCUACUCCGAGGUGGCCGACCCCUCGGCCUACCAGCGGCCACCGCGCUUCAGCCUGGACCCCGUGUCCACACUGCCCAAGCCCCGGCCCUACAGGGACUCCGGCUACUCAAAGCAGCAUCAGCAGCAUGAGCAUGGAGGCUCCCAGCAUGGAGGGUCACCCCACAGAGGAGGCCAGCUCCGAGCCUCCCAGUCUGGGCUAGAGAGGGCAGGGAGUGAGGUGGGCCUCCACGAAAGUUCCUGCCACUCUCGAGAGCUGCCCUUCCCCCUGUCCGAGGUCUCUCCCAGGUCUCACCUGCACUUUGAGCCUCUGCCCCCCCCCACGCCCGCCCCCCAGCUUCCGCAGUCCUCUGAAGACGAGGAAGAGUGGACCUGUCCGCACCCCAUCAGCCCCCCACAGACGCUGGGCGUGCCCAACAAUGUGUCAGCUCAUGGGGUCAUGAAGGGGCCAGCGUCCUGCUCGGCCUUCCCCAUCCCAUCCAGACCCAACACUCUGACCUGUCACCCGCCAGGCUACCUGCACACAGAGCACGCCCAGUCCUGGCCCUCCAUCAAUCUGUGGAUGGAGACAGAAGAGAGUGACAUGAGAAGCUGCCCUCUGUGCCAGCUGAUCUUUCCCAUGGGUUACCCUGACGACGCCCUAAUCAAGCACAUUGACUCGCACCUGGAGAACAGCAAGAUCUGAUCGCCACGGCAACACGGCACCCUCUUUUUAGUUGCAACAAUUCUUUACUUACAUUGUGGAGUAUUUUAGGUUGGUUUUGUUUUAUAGCUGGGUGCCUUUUGUUUGACAAGACAAGAGGGCUUAUUGUGUGUUUAGUAGUCCAUGUAUGGGAAAAGGUUUAGGGAAUGACAAGGAUGGCUUCGAGGUUCAUGACAGACAAUGUCCUGAGGGUUCCAGGCCACUUGCAGUCCAUUUGUUUUUAUAUCUUACACCUUACCACUACUACUUGCUGUAAAGUGGCCUGCUUUAGUUUGACUCUCUACCCAUGUACAGUAUAAGGCUUGUGAAAUACAGACCAACUACAAUUAAUUCCUGUAAUUAUCUGGGGGGCCAGAUGGAUAAAUCCAGUUUGUUUGUUCUUCAGGGCUUGACAAUGUGCGGUCAGAGGUCAGAGUUAUGAAGAGAGGAUGGAAGUGUUGUGACUGUGACUGAUUGUAUGUAGGGACGAAUUUGUCCUGCAGGGUGGGGCAUGUAGUUGCUAUGACAACCUUGCUGUGGUAAAACGCAUAGGCAGAUUAUCUGUAUUAUCUUGCGGCCUGAUCAGAAAUCCAUAUAAUCCAUAUAAAUCUGAGCACAUUAAGUUAACCUACACUAUAUAAGCCUAUAGUCCCCCCUAUAUUAUUUAUUUAACCCCCUAGAGUUGAUGUCUGCGCUCCACGGACAUUUUGCUCUACUACCCCCACAAGCGUCUUGGGACUGGUCUGAGGUUGGUUCAGCCGAUCUGCCGACUUCUGUCUGUAGCGUCCGAACAGUUUAGGAUACACGCUAAUAUGACCCCUCUGUGGAAAGGUGAGACUCUCACGAACAUGUCGGUUGAAGUUCUCCCUGUACCAGUUGGGGAAAAAAAUGGAAGUACUGUAUAGUGCCAAAAAUAAGGGGUUAAAUACAUGUUUAAAAAAUAUAAAUAAAUGUUUCCUGAUCUUUCUUAUAUCUUUCAGAUAUAGGACAGACACUUUAGAACAAACUUCCUUUAUCUGUUGUUCCAUGUAGUGAAUAUGUUAUUCAAUGCGUUGGUAUGGGCUAAUAGCAGUAAGGACAAACAUUUUUUAGCACAAAAUUAUUUUGUAAUAUUUUUGGGGAUACAUCAAGGGGUUUGAAUGUUCAAAAUCAAAUAGCAAAAAUAUCCUUGGUAUGACCUUCUUAAAAACAAUUACAUAUAGCUUAGUAGAACCCAACCCCACCUCCCCGGCUUAGACAGGGCUUAGACUGUAAAGGGUUAAAGGGAAAUUUCCACCACUUUUUAACCUAAUUGUCAUUAUCUCCAGCACAAUACCAGUGUCGACAUAUGUGAAAAUGGUGCAUUUCUAUGCUUUGUAGAAAUAAAUAUAGCAUUUAAAAGUUCUCCCAGAUGACAUCAUCAAAAGUUCCAACAUUUAAAAAACUGUGAUUCUCAAACUCAAUGAGAUGCACAGUGAAGUAAGGAGCAAGAAAAUGCCCUCCUUUUUUUUAUGCUACCCUGUGAUGUCACAGAGAAGCAUUUUUUGGACCUUUGCUCUUAUCUUUUUAACCACAUUUCAUAGAAACGCGCUGUUUUCACAUAUGCAGACACUGGUUUGGUGCUGGAAAUAUUGAAAAUGUAUCAUUUGAUAUAUAAUGUAUCAUUUGAUAUAUCUGUAAGUAAUGAGGCAAAAAAAAUCUGUAAAAAAACAUUUGUGCUGAACAUGUCUUAUGUUGGUGAAAUUUCCCCCUCCUAAGCUUGCACAAUACUGUAUAUAGCUAGUGGGACAGGAGUUUGUAUAUGGAAGAGGGAAUGGAAUAUAUUUGUAUAUGAUAACAAUGAUUCAACUGGGAGUCUCUUUGGUCUUCCUGAAGAUCUGACCUGCAAACACAUCUGAUAAAGUAUUUAUAAGAUUUCUCAAUCUUACAGUCUGAAGCUGGCACACUUUGCAUUUUAUAUCUAAUAUAUAUACAUGUCAAAUAUAACCCCAAAAAAUCAGUGAGUGUUGUAUGGAAUAACACACAUGGAAUCAUGUAGUAUCCAAAAAAAAAAAAAGUUUUAAACAAAUCCAAAUAUAUUUUAGAUUUUAGAUUCUUCAAAGUAGCCACCCUUUGACUUGAUGACAGCUUUGCACAGUCUUGGCAUGGCUACUUUG